UCGGCGGCGGCUCCGCUGUUGCUGAGGGGAAGCGCGAGGGGCCCGGCCGGGGCGAGAGGAGGCCAAGAACGGACCACGGCUCCCUGAGUCCAAGCCCAGCCUGGGGGGAAGAUGAAACAGGUGAGGAAGGCUGCCAGUGCUGCUGCCUCCUCCUCCUCCUCCUCUCUGAGCAGCAGCAGCAACAGUAGCAGCAGCAGCAGCAGCAGCAGCAGCCGAUCCCCACCUUCCACCAGGGCCAAAGCUCAGAAGCGCAAGACCACCAUUGAGGAGGGGCCCAGAGCCAAAGAGGGAGCAGGGGAGGAGGCCGCAGAUCAGGGCCAAGCCUUCGUGGGUGCCCGGCGCAUGCAAGUACAGAUGGACCCCGGCCUGCGGGAAUUGCCGGGAGCACAGGACGACCCCUACAAACUGCCUGAGGGUGAGGGGGACGAAGGGGGUGAGCCGUGUGGGGCAGAAGCCUCACUGAACCGCAAGACAGCCACUUUUAAGUCGCGGACACCGUGCAGGAAGUGUCCCGGGGGCGAAGAAUCCCAUGGCAGCGAGGGCCCCCCAGCGCCCCCCGAAGGGGAAUCCCGGCGCUGCCCCUCCUCCAGUACGGACACAGCCAGCGAGCACUCCUCUGACGAGAACGACAAGGGGGUGGGGGCGAUGUGGGGGGCGUCCCCCAGCGAGUACGAUCUGCGGCAGCUGCGCUCGCAGCGGGUCCUGGCCCAGCGCGAGGGGCUCUUUCAGCCCGCCAUCGUGAAGCAGGUCCGCCGAGGACAGGGUUUGGGGGUGCAGUUUGUGGGGGACCGCGUCACGGAGUACUACGAAGGGGCGCUCGGCCCGGGGGCUGUGGACGUGGUCCUGGACGCCACGCCCCCAACGGGCGCCUUGACCGUGGGCACGCCCGUCUGCGCUUGCCUGGACCCCGCGGAGACGGCGUACCGCCGAGGCACCGUGGUGGAGCUCGGCGCCAAGCCAGGCUCCUACAAAGUGCGCUUCGCCCACCCCGUGCCCCUCCCUGGCGCGGCCGCGCAGAAGGACUCCGCCUGGGUGCCCCGCUCGUCCCUGCGCCUCCUGCGCCCUCCCUGGAGCUGUGACGCUCCUCCCGAGGACGGCAAGCUGCUCGAGAAGCCGCCGCCUCUGUCGGAACAGGAGGUGGCACCCACGGCCCUGCCGUGCCCGGAGCCAAAGCAGCCAGAGGACGCGGAGGUCUCCAAGAUCAGCGCCGGCGUGCGGGCCGAGGAGAAGUCUGUCGUGGUACCGGCCCAGAUCCUCUCGCCGCCCAAGUCGCCGGCCUUCCCCCGCCUUCCUGAGCAACCGUCGCCUCUGCUCAGCCCAGAAGCCACUGGGAGCCGCAGCAGCAGCGUCGUGUCCGUGGAGAAAUGCAGCACGCCGGGCUCCUCGCGCUCCCGGACGCCCCUCACGGCUGCCCAGCAGAAGUACAAGAAGGGGGACGUGGUGUGCACUCCGAAUGGCAUCCGCAAGAAAUUCAAUGGGAAGCAGUGGAGGCGGCUCUGCUCCCGGGAGGGCUGCAUGAAGGAGUCCCAGCGGCGGGGCUACUGCUCACGCCACCUCUCCAUGCGCACCAAGGAGAUGGAGAGCCUCUCGGAGGGCCGGGCCAGCGGCCUGCGGGAGGGCAGCGCCGAGUUCGACUGGGACGACACCUCGCGGGACAGCGAGGCCAGCAGCGCUCGGGGCGAUUCCCGCCCUCGCCUCAUGGCCCCAGCCGACCUGUCGCGCUUCGAGUUCGACGAGUGCGAAGCGGCCGUCAUGCUGGUGUCCCUGGGUAGCUCUCGCUCCGGCACCCCGUCUUUCUCGCCCGUGUCCAACCAGUCUCCCUUCUCCCCUGCUCCUUCCCCCUCUCCGUCGCCGCUCUUUGGCUUCCGUCCAGCAAAUUUCAGCCCCAUCGCCUCGCCGGUCAUCCAGCGGGCCGCCGCCGCACGCAGCCGCCAUGUGAGUGCCAGCACCCCGAAGGGAGUCGGGGGCACCGUGCUGAGCCCCGAGAUGUUGCACCACGCCGCCUCCCGGGAACGCCACCACUCGGGCAUCACCUUCCAGACCAACCUCACCUUCACGGUGCCAAUGAGCCCCAGCAAGCGGAAAGCGGACUCCCACCACAGCAGCACGAGCUCGGCAGCCGACUUCCACAAGAACGACAGCCUUGACUCCGGAGUCGAAUCCGUCUCCCACACGCCUACCCCAUCCACGCCGGCCGGCUUCCGGGCGGUGUCCCCCGCGGGAGCUGGGCCCUUCUCCUCGCGCUCCCAGCAGGCCUCCCCGCUCCUGCUGGUGCCCCCACCGGCCGGGCUGACCUCUGACCCCAGCCCCACCGUGCGCCGGGUGCCGGCCGUGCAGAGGGAAUCGCCUGUCAUCGUGCGCAAUCCAGACGUGCCGCUGCCCUCCAAGUUCACCGAGAAACCGCUGGAGGGCCGGGUGGGCAGCCCCAGGAUGGGGAAGGCCGGCUCCAAGGAGCACCCCCUGUCUGGCAAGGCGCAGCUGCAAGUGCCGGUGCCCAUUAACGUGGGCCGGACUCUGCCUUCCAGCCAGCCCGGCGUGGUCUCCGUCCCCGAGCAGGCCCCUCCCGUCUUCAGCGUCUCCUCUCCCUUCCAGCCAGUCGCCUUUCACCCCUCUCCAGCCGCCCUCCUGCCUGUGAUUGUCCCCGGCGAGUACACCAGUCACCCUGCUCCGAAGAAGGAGAUCAUCAUGGGAAGGCCUGGCACAGUGUGGACAAAUGUGGAACCGCGGUCUGUGGCAGUAUUCCCAUGGCACUCCCUUGUGCCCUUCCUGGCUCCCAGCCAGCCGGAUUCCUCCGUGCAGCCCAGUGAAGGCCAGCAGCCUGUCAGUCAUCCCUCCACGUCCAAUCAGAACAAAGAACUUCCAGAAUCGGCUGCCGUGGCACAUGAGCCACCUGGCGGGUCUUCAGGGGCUGAGACAGGGAGACCCAACACCUCUCACCCCGACAGCCCAGUUCCAGUUCCCCAGCCAUCAUCGGUGACUCCAGGAGGGGGUGGGGGUCCAUCCCAGCAUGACGAUGACGUCUCGGGACACCCACGCCUGGACAGUGAGACAGAGAGCGACCAUGAUGAUGCAUUCUUGUCUGUCGUACCUUCCGAGAUGCAGCUCCCACUGCCUCCUGGCAAGCGUCGCACCCAGUCGUUGAGUGCUCUCCCCAAAGAGCGGGACUCUUCCUCCGAAAAGGACGGGCGCAGCCCAAACAAGAGGGAAAAAGACCACAUCCGGCGGCCUAUGAACGCAUUCAUGAUCUUCAGCAAACGGCACCGGGCCCUGGUGCACCAGCGGCACCCCAACCAAGACAACCGGACUGUCAGCAAGAUCCUAGGCGAAUGGUGGUACGCACUGGGGCCCAAGGAGAAGCAGAAGUACCAUGACCUGGCCUUCCAGGUGAAGGAAGCCCAUUUCAAAGCACACCCCGACUGGAAGUGGUGUAACAAAGAUCGGAAGAAGUCCAGCUCAGACGUGAAGCCCUCUGGACCAGGGGGAUGCACCAAGGAGACACGAGAGCGCAGCAUGUCAGAGACGGGCACAGCUGGCGUGCCAGGAGGUCCUUCUGAGAUGCAGGUGCUGCUGGGGCCAGAGGGCAAGGCAGGUGUUGUGGGAUCCGGGCACGGCCAUGGGGAACGCAUCCUGGCCGCCGUGGGGCCUGGGGCACAGCGUCCUCGAGCUUUCUCCCACAGUGGUGUGCAUGGGCUGGAGAGUGACCGGGACAGCCAGGUGCUGCAAGAGCUCACUCAGAUGUGCUCAGUACAGUCUACGUACGUCAGUGGAAAGGGGCAGUACGGGGGACUGGGACCCUCGGGAUCCCCGUUUGCGACUCCUGGCGAGGGUCCCCGCCACUCCUUGCAUCCACACCCCUCCCGUGCCUCCCGCUCUCAGCGCACAACCAGCGAAGACAUGACCAGCGAUGAAGAACGAAUGGUCAUUUGUGAAGAGGAGGGCGAUGACGAUGUCAUUGCAGAAGAUGGAUUCAAUCCAGCUGACGUUGACCUAAAAUGCAAGGAGCGAGUGACGGACAGUGACAGUGAGGGGUCCUUGGGGGAUGAAUCUGAGAGCAAGGACUUUGGGCGGAAGCUGUUUUCCCCAGUGAUCCGCACGGCAGCACUGCCCCCUUCCUCCGGUGCCUUCGCCCCCUGUCGCCCACUGCCUCCCCUGGACUUGGAGCCGCCCCCGCCACCCACUCACGGUCACGACCAGCAGCCCCCCUCCAAGUCGUACGGCUCCUUCCAGAUGGCGCCCAGCACCUUCAAGCCCCAGGACUCCCGCGGAGGGCUGCGCCCCCACAACGCCCCAGCCAAGCGCCUGGAGCCACGGUUCGACUCAGCCGCUGCCCCCUACCGGCGGAAACAGGCUGACGGCGUGGGAGGCUCCCAGGCGGCCGCGGAGUCCAGCGGGGCUCCCCUCGCCGUCCCCCCCGCGCAUUCGGUCAUCUCCCCGCCGGGGGGCAUGGUGCAGGCGGUGGUGCUCCCGGACUCGGCCCGCUUGUCCUCCGGUACGGUCCUGGUGACGGCCCCGUCCAUGAGCACUCAGAGCGUGGGGGUGAUCGGCUACAGUGGGGCUCCCAGCUUGGUUCGCACGGCCUCCACCGUCGUCACCAACGUCGUCAAGCCGGUCAGCAGCACUCCCGUGCCGAUUGCCAGCAAGCCCCUGCUGCGUGGAUCCGGGGAGGGGCUGCCGCUGCUCAGCCCCCCUCCCUCCGAAGGGAACCCCAAGCCCGAUGGAGUUUCCAUGGGGCGCAUCGGCCUCCUCUAUGCCGAUAAGAAGACUCCCCAGGCUUCUGCCAUGCCCGGAAUUCAGGCCACGCCUCCACAUUUGGUGGCUGGGCCGCUGCUCGGGCAAGGCCUGGCUGCUGUGGGGAAGGCGUCCCCCAGCCAGGGCGGCGUCGUGACCAACCUGCUUGUAGGAACUCAAGGGUAUGGGCAAGCGGGUGGUGCAGGAGGGGCCGGCGUCCCAGUGACUGUGCUGCCACCUGGAGCCAUUACCCAGCAGCCCUCCGUGCAGUUCAUCACUCAGAACCCACCUGGGCAGAAUGGUCCCGUGCCGCUCAGCAUCCUUCAGCCUCAAGGCAUCCUGUCGGGACCCACAGGCAAGGCUGGGGGCAUCACUCAGGUGCAGUACAUCCUCCCCACGUUGCCUCAGCAGCUGCAGGUAACGGGGGGGAAGGUGCCGGCCGGAGCAGGCACACCUGGAGCCACCAGCAUUCAUUUCACUCUGCCACCAGCCAACGGGAAGGUGAUCACCACGCCGCAAGCCAUCCCCAUCAUCCAGCCUGCACCCGGAAGCAGCAACAGCAGCGUCACCGUCAUGUCCUCAGCACCCAAAGUGCAGUCGGUGUCUCCAGUCCAGGCACCUUCUCCCGGCAGUUCAGCCCACCUCGUGUCUGGGCAGGUGGUGCCUUCUGCGGGGCUGGUGCAAGGCAAAGUCCUGGUGCCCAUGGCAGCGCCCCAGGUGACUGUGCGGACCACCACAGCCCCCCAGCUUCCUCUGGUCACGCAGCCUUUUCCCGUUCCAGUGCAGAAUGGAAGCCAGGCAGCCAGCAAGAUCAUCCAGCUCACGCCGGUGCCGGUGGUCCAGCCCCAGCCAUCUUCACAAAGCAGUGCCACUCUGGUCCCCCCCUUGAGCCCGGCAGCUCUCCAGGGCACGGUAGCCACAGCGGUCGUGGGCUCCCCUAGCCAAACCCCGAAAGUCUUCCUGCCCUCCUCUUCUACCAGGAUCACCUAUGUGCAGUCGGCAGCCGGGCACCCGCUUUCCCUGGGCAGCUCGGCCACCCACUCGCAGCCCAGCGGCCCCCCAGCCACCUCUGCCACCACCUACGUCCAGUCCCCCGUGGGUCCUGCCCCCAUGGCACUGGGAUUUACAGCCAUCGGGCCAAACGGGCAGGCCAUCGUGCAGCCGCUGCUCUCGGGUCAGAACCCUCUGCUGGCUCCCGGGCAAGUGGGGGUGUCUCCUCUCCAGAGCCCCCAGCUCCCGGCCGCCUGUGCUGGGCAAGGACAGGUCAUCACGGCCAUCUACCCCAGCCCCACAGGGACCAGCCCCGCACAGACAGCCGGCCACAGUGUGGUCUACACGGUGGCCGCCACGGGCACGGUGGCGGUCUCCUCUCCUGCCGCCAUCCUGCCUAAGGGGAGCGCUGGUGGCGGCAGCACUCAGAGCCCUGGGGGCUCCAGCCAGGGGUUGAUUUCCACAGCCACACAGGCGAUUCCUUCAGCAACGGCCCGACCUCAGCGUCCACCACUCAAGCCCCCUCAGAAAGUCAAGGCUACCGUUGCCAGCAUCCCUGUUGGCUCUUACGAGUCAGCCCCCUCCCCGGGCUCCGUUCGUCCCCCAGUGGGCCAGCAGCAGGAAUCAGGGGGCGCACGAUACCUCCGGGAGGCUGAAACCCUGGAGCGGGCUUCACGGGAGACGGGGCCCCAAGAGCCACCGUCCUCCCCUGCGUGUCGGGGCACCGAACAGAGUCCAGCUAAAGCCCAGGAGUUGAAGAGGGAUUCUUGGGAGCCGAUGUCACCCCCGUCACCCCAGCAGCCGCAGGUGACUGAGGCAGCGUCCACAGAAGUCUGGAGUCAGCGGGAAACAGCGGCGGGUCCCAGCGAAGAGAGGGCCAUCCGUGACCCCCAGCCUGCCCCUCCGCUGGGCAGUAAGGGGCCCGAGACGGCCCUGAAAUUCCCAACUUCGCCUGACUGGAGGACAGCCUGCCCCGAGAGCCGCUCUGAAGCUGCAGCACCAUCCACAUGCCCGUCCUCCUCCUCCUCCUCGCUCAGCCCCGGCCCUACAAACUCCAGCGAGGGCUGCAGAAGCGGAGCGCCCGUGCUCGCCUCAGCCUCGGCCUCAACCUCCGAAGGGCUCGAGCCGAAGGAGGGCACUCCAGGGAAGAAGGUGAAGGUUCGGCCUCCGCCUCUGAAGAAAACCUUUGACUCCGUUGACAACAGGGUUCUGUCAGAGGUGGACUUUGAGGAGCGCUUUGCCGAGCUGCCCGAAUUCAAGCCCGAGGAAGUCCUGCCAUCGCCCACCUUGCAGUCACUCGCCACUUCGCCCCGUGCCAUUCUGGGCAGCUACCGUAAGAAGCGCAAGAACUCCACCGACCUGGACUCGUCCACCGAGGACCCCAUCUCCCCCAAGAGGAAGAUGCGGCGGCGCUCCAGCUGCAGUUCAGAGCCCAACACUCCCAAGAGUGCCAAGUGUGAAGGAGACAUCUUUACCUUUGACAAAACAGGCACAGACUCAGAUGAUGUACUUGGUGAGCUGGAAUACGAGAAGGUACCCUAUUCGUCGCUCCGGCGUACCUUGGACCAGAGGAGGGCUCUGGUCAUGCAGCUCUUCCAGGAUCACGGCUUCUUCCCUUCAGCCCAAGCCACUGCAGCUUUUCAAGCCCGCUACUCCGAUAUCUUCCCGACCAAGGUCUGUCUGCAGCUCAAGAUCCGGGAAGUGAGGCAGAAGAUCAUGCAAGCAGCUACCCCGACAGAGCAGGCCCCAAGCACCCCGGAGCCCGGAGGCCCCGCCGGCCCAGGCAGCACCCCGGAGGGACAGCCGUUGGAGGUGGCCCUCCCGCCGCAGGACUCAGCACAAGGAGCGGACGCCCCCGCCGCCAGCGCCGCCCCCGCCGCCAGCACACCGUCGACAACAGCGGCUGGUUGGGACUGUAACCAGCAACUGUCUCCGGGAGGCGGGGGCAGCGGCAGCACCAGCAGCAGAUGAAUGGCUGUGAACAGCUGAGCGAGACAGAUAGCCUUGGGACGGGGGCUCCUGGAGCUUGGGCCCCCACCUGCGCCGCCCACCCGUGCCCUUCCCCUGCCAGCCUCACCUCUUCCUCUGCCACUGCGACUGAAAGGGGAGCCGGCUGCCCGUGCCGUGGACUCGUCCCGUGCGCCCUCCUUCCACUCCUGUCCAGCCAUCCUAACCCGAAAGGGCAGGGCUGGGGGGCUCCUCUGCACCCCCCUCCUCCCAAGAACUCCGUGGUGGUGCUGAAAUAACCAUUCCAGGACACAGGCGUUGCCCUUGCUGGGGAGGGGGUGCCGAGGGCCACCAGAAACACACACCUGUAAAGUGACCGCUUCUAAUUUCAACCCCUCCCCUUUUAAUAAUGUUAAAUAUUUUGACAUCCCACAUACUCAUUGCUUCUGUGUCAGUAACUGGGGCAGAGAGGAGAGUCUCUACCACCCGCUGCUGUGGUGGGCGGGGCGGAAGGUGGUUGACGGCCUUGCCUUGCCUUGCCUUGCCUUGCCUUCCGGCCCGGCCGGCCGGCCGUCGCUUCGGUCGCUCAGUCACUGGAGGAGGAGGAAGGCGGCGUGUCCAGGUUGCCGCUGGGCUCGGCGGAGCCUCGGCGACCACGUCCGUUCCGCUGACAGGUCAGGGUUCUGCUUUGACAAUGAGCGGGGAAGGGGGCAUUCUGGGGGGAAGAGGCCUCGUGCGCUGGAGAGGAGAGGGGGUCUUGGGGUUGGGUGGCUGGCCCAGCACCGAUGGGGUAAAGCGCAAGAGACCGGUGCUGGUGGAUGGGGGCUCCACUCCACCCCCCCAAGUGUGAGUGCCCUGGUGGCCGCAGCCACAUGUUGACCAUGUGUAACCCCUUCUGUAUUGGGGUGGCCCCACCUCGCAUACUAUUAAAGCUCUUUAACAAUCA